UUUACGCAAUGUAUAACAAAAAACAUAUAGUGUCUUUUUUGAAUAACGCCGGAUCCUUGCUGUUGUGCUUCCACGAGCUGUAAUGCGCGACUCUUUGCCAAUUUCUUAUCUUGGGGCUAAGGGUUUUUGACACAUUUUUGUUGCAGGGAGAUGUGACUCUUCGUACUGACUAGACAUCGUAAAUCACCUCAUCGGGCACGGACACUCCAUGGACCGACAGUCACUCGGGUUACAGUCACACGCAGCGUGUAAAACACUAGUCUGAUUUCACCCAGCAUAACUCAGAAGCCACCUUCUCUCCAGCCCGGACCGUCCGCUGCUCCUCUCGGCGCAGUGUGCUGACUCCGCAGAAGGAAAUCACCGGGGAAGUGUAGGAAGGCGGGUAAUUUUUUUUCUUUUUUUUUUUUGUUCGUUUUUCAUCAAGGUAGGACAAGCAGUCACAACCCAGCUCCUGGCAGUCUGCGACCCCGUUUCCUCGAUUUCUUCACUUUACGGUUUGCUUGAAGGAGAGGCGACAGCGUGUCGUGGUCGCGCGUUCUUCUCUGAGAGACCGACGCGUAUCCAACCGACGCGCGUUUCUUCCCAGCGAGACAGCGGCAGCAGCAGCAGCAGCCGGAGACCCUGCGAUUCUCGGGAUAAAAAGAGUGACCUUAUUCCCGUGUUACAGCUAAAACUGUCAUAAACCUCGGCUCUUAGUUGGUACGAAAAAGAAAAACCACCCGUGAGUCACCGCGUUCAGCGCGCAGGACUGAAGAGGAGAAAGUUCCCCACUUGAGGGCGAAAUCAGACUUUUUUGAGGACGCCAAGCUUUCCAAGUUUGAAAAGUGCCAGGAGCAUCGAGGUCUGUCAGAUACAACAUGCAGCAAUGUCCAAGGAGGCAGAGUUGGAUGUGAAAGGCAGUGAGUGUGACACAGUCCCACCAGAGCCCAGCAGAGACCAAGAGCCGCCCAGGCCACCUCCAGCUAAGGCUAACGGACCCACCGGCACAGCUGGCGUUUGCACGAGCAUCCCCUCCAGUAGCAACAGUAGCAGCAGCAGCAGCAGCAGCAGCAGCAGCAGAAGUGGUCUGGGUGGCAUUAGCAUCGUUAGCAGCAGCGCUGAGGGAGCAGGCGAAAGCUCCAUGCAGUUCAGCACCAGACCGCCUAGUGCUGAGCAGCCGGGCUUCAUGGGGACAUGGCAGCAGCAGAGCACUGACAGCAACCUCCUCUACAGAAUGUCCCAGCAGGGUGCUGUAACGCGGCUUCCUUUGAAGUGCGACAGGUCGACUAUGGGCCGAGACCUGGAAGAGGCCAUUCGCUGCACACUGGUGAACUGCACAUGUGAGUGUUUCCAGCCAGGGAAGAUUCAUCUGCGAACAUGUGACCAGUGCAAACAUGGCUGGGUAGCUCAUGCCCUGGACAAGCUCAGCACCCAGCACCUCUACCACCCGACCCAGGUGGAGAUCGUCCAGUCCAACGUGGUGUUCGACAUCAGCAGCCUGAUGCUGUACGGCACCCAGGCCGUGCCCGUCAGGCUCAAGAUCCUCCUCGACCGCCUCUUCUCCGUGCUCAAGCAGGAAGAGGUGCUGCACAUCCUGCACGGCCUGGGCUGGACCCUCCGAGACUAUGUCAGGGGCUACAUACUGCAGGAUGCUGCAGGCAAGGUGCUGGACCGCUGGACCAUCAUGUCCCGAGAAGAGGAGAUCAUCACCCUCCAGCAGUUCCUGCGCUUUGGUGAGACCAAGUCCAUUGUGGAGCUGAUGGCUAUUCAGGAGAAGGAGGGUCAGGCAGUUACAGUUCCCUCUUCCAAGACAGACUCCGGGAUUAGGACAUUCAUUGAAAGUAACAACAGGGCCCGCAGCCCAGGGCUCCUGACACAUCUGGAAAACAGUAGCCCAUCCAGCAUUCACCAUUUUGAGAAUAUUCCCAAUAGUUUAGCCUUCCUCCUGCCAUUCCAAUACAUCAACCCAGUCUCAGCCCCCAUGCUUGGGUUGCCUCCGAAUGGCCUCCCUAUGGAGCAGUCUUCUCUUCGGCUUCGAGAACCCAGCCUGCCAAACCAAGGAGAACAAGUAGAUACUAGUGAAUCAGAAGUGUCCCUAUCACCCUACCGCACAGGUCAAAGCCCAAGUCGAGGAGUGCUUGGGGCCAUUAACAGCAACACUGAACCUAAGACAGAACCCAACAACCGGGCAUCACCCAUCUCACCAACCCCUUCCACCCAGCAGGCUCAGCAGCAGCAACAGCAGUCACAGCUUCAGCAGCAACAGCAACAGCAGUCAGGCCAACAGCAGUCUCAAAGUCAACCUCAGCAACCCAACAGCUUGAGUGACCACCAGGUCCACCACCACUUUGUAAAGGAGGAACAGUCUAAAACCAUCACUCACCCUUCCUUCUCAUCUAAGAUGCAUCGCAUGCGCCGCAUGGGAGCCACCUCACGCAAGGGUCGUGUGUGCUGCAACUCAUGUGGCAAAACCUUUUAUGAUAAAGGCACACUUAAGAUACAUUAUAAUGCUGUACACCUGAAGAUAAAACAUCGUUGCACCAUUGAGGGCUGCAAUAUGGUCUUCAGCUCACUACGCAGCCGCAACCGCCACAGUGCCAAUCCCAAUCCACGGCUGCACAUGCCCAUGCUGCGCAAUAACCGUGACAAGGACCUCAUCCGUGCCAAUUCAAACCCUGGUACACCGGUCAUCUCAAGCACCAAGAAUGGUGGCUUCACUCUCACCAGCCCUGGAAGGCCACCACUAGGCUUCACUACUCCACCAGUAGACCCACUGCUGCAGUCACCCUUGCAAAGUCCACUGGUGUUCCCCUCCCUGAAGUCAGUGCAGCCAGUCCAACCAGUGCCCCCAUUCUACCGAACAUUACUGUCCCCUGCAGACCUUGUCAGUCCUCCAGUGUCACUGCCCACCAGCCCCAUCAUGCCCACCACAACCAACAGCACCGCCCUGAUGGACCAGCAACAGCAGAUGCUGGCUGCUGCAGGAGUGGGGUCACACAAUAAUGUUCAUGUGUCAGAGGCAGGACACAUGUCCCACCGCCUACCUACACCUAGUGCCAAUCAGGACCUCACUGGCAGCAGUGACCCCACGCCCAAAAAGAAGCCUCGUAAAUCUAGCAUGCCAGUUAAAAUUGAGAAGGAAGUGAUUGAUGUGGCGGAUGAUUAUGAGGACAAAGACGACGACGACGAUGAUAACAUCCACCACAAUCACCACCAUCACCAGUCAUCUCUGCUUCACAACAAUGUCAAAAUUAAUGGAAAUUGUAACAGCAACAACAACAGUGGUACCGGCAACCACAGUGGUGGUAGUGGACAGCAAUCCCCGUCCCAGGACGAGAUGAGCCCUGGCUUAGCUCUGAGGGGAAUGAUGAGGCAAAGUGAAGAUGAAUGCAGGGAAGGGACUGGCAGUGACAGCAGGGGUGGCGCUUCUGAGCUGCGCUGUAUGGACAGCUUUACCUCUGAGGAUCAAGACCAUGAGAGAGACUUUGAGAAUGAGUCUGAAACCUCAGAUUCCAAGAUGUUCUACCGAGAUGAGCUGAUGGAUGUGGAGGAACAGCAAAAGCACAGCAGGGGUGCAAGGGGUCUGGACAGGGAAGACAACGACGGUAGUGAGGAAGCCCACUUGAGAAAGGAAAUGGAAGGAAAAGGCCAUUCCUCACCUUCCACUCACCAGCCUCCUAUCAAGAUCAAGGAAGAACUCAAUGAUCCAACUUAUGACAUGUUCUGCAUGGGCCAGUAUGGCCUCUAUAAUGGAGGCAUGGCAGCAGCUGCUGCUGCCGCUGCAAGCAUGGCUGCCCUGCAUGAGAGCUUCAUCUCUUCGAUGGGCUAUGGUGCCAGCCCGCCCAAAUUCCCUUCAUCUCAAUCACCAGAGGGAGAUCCGUGUUCAAGCCCCGACCCCAAGAUCUGCUAUGUGUGUAAGAAGAGCUUCAAGAGCUCCUAUAGCAUGAAACUACACUAUAAGAAUGUGCAUCUUAAAGAGAUGCAUGUGUGCACUGUGGCUGGCUGCAACGCUGCUUUCCCAUCCCGGCGGAGCCGAGACAGGCACAGCUCCAACAUCAACCUGCACCGUAAACUGCUGACCAAAGAGCUGGACGACAUUGUCCUGGACCCCCAACUCACGCCACUGCCCAAGGACCUGCGAGCCGAGUUACUGGCCAAGCUCUACGCCGGGCACCACAUGGCUCUGGACCCUAUGGUCGGGAUGGGCAUCGGAAGCGCCGGCCUCAGGCCCACCGGCCUGAACCACCACAAUGUCCAUUCCCCCAUGAGCAACGAGCAUCCCCACUACCCCUUCCACCAAGACAUUAAAAACCACCACACCAACGGUUUCUCCCGGGGCCAGCCAGAAGACUACAUGGUGUUGGACCUGAGCACCACGUCCAGUGUUCAAUCCAGCAGCAGCGUCCACUCCUCACACGAGUCAGACGAGGGCAGCGACGAAGGCAUCCUAUUGGACGACCUGGAGGAGGAGGGAGAAGAAGAGGAGGAGGAGGAGGGCAACAGUGAGGGAGAGGACUACUCCCACCGGGCCGUGGGGCAGGCUGAAGGGGGACAUCGGGAUGAGACCGGAGAACUAAAGGUCGAGGGGUUGGACCCCUCCUCCUCUCCGUUCCUGCUUUCGUCCACCGGGGGCAGUAAUGGCAGCAGCAAUGGGAUCCUCUGUAAUAUCUGCCACAAAAUGUACAGCAACAAAGGGACCCUGCGCGUACACUACAAGACUGUGCACCUGCGCGAGAUGCACAAGUGCAAAAUCCCCGGUUGCAACAUGGUGUUCAGCUCUGUGCGCAGCCGUAACCGACACUCUCAAAACCCCAACCUCCAUAAAAACAUGCCCUUCUCUACAAUAAUAGACUAAAGAAUGACUUGCUACGCUAUCCUCCUGUCAGUCUGCCCACUCCUCCCUUCAUUCUUCACUCUUAUUUCUCCACAAAUUAGCUUUUAACCCCAAGGCCAUCAAAUACAAGCUAAAUGCCUGUACGCCUCCUGCCCGUCCUAUGUAAGACAUUACAAGACAUUUCUAUCUCCAUCUAUAAAAUGAAACGACUCUCAGUACAGUUCAUCAUCGCGUCCUUUGACUUUUCCUUCUAGGGAAGAACGGGAUGACACUCUUGAGCAUGGAGUUUGCUUUAUUACAAAACUCCUCUUUUUUUCCCCCCCUUUCUUUUCCCAGAAGCCCCUUCCAUCGUGUCCUUUAUAACUCCCCCCCCCCCAACUUUGUGUUUAUGUCCGCCUCCAAAGAAUCCGAAUUCAAACUCUUAUUUGUGACUUUGCCUGCAGAAAUGAUAGUAUUGAGAAAAAAAAAAAGAAAAAAAAGAAAAAGAAAAUCUUCUUGUUGUAUUUGUGUAAUGAUAGCUUUUAAAUGAACCCCUUACAAAAGCAUGACGGCUUCAUUUGUAAAUAAUGUUCCAAGAGGCUUUUGGUGUAAAAGAGUUGUGUUGAUGGUUGUUUGCUUCUUUUUUUUCCUCUCUUUAUGGUUUUAUGUUACAGUCCAGUACAAUACUUCCAGCUAUAGGCAAGAAAGAGGUAGCAUCUUACUAGCUUGACUCAUUUAUUUUAGCUUCAAAGACACAUUUUAAACUGAGUCCUAGGGAAAAAAAAAGAAUAUCAUGUGUGACUUGUUUUAUCUACUUGUUAGAUAUUCAGAGGUUGCCGGCAUGCUUUUUUAGGCUCCUACACUGAUAUCAUUCUCUGUAUUUCUAUUGAUUUUUUUUUCUUUUCUUUUUUUUUUUUGUCUGUUAUGUUUAUGAGCUUUAGUAUACCAAUUCAGUUUUUGCACUUUGCAUCUAUACAAGGGGAUGUGUAAUAUUAUUAUAAUGAGGAUUUUUUGCAAUGGUGAGUAUAGGUGUCGUUUGGGGUCAUCGAUGGCUACAACGCCGAGGGAAGUGACAGUACCUUCAACAUACUUGUGCCAGUUUCUUUUUGCACGCGCUCCGUUUCACACACAGCUUCACAGCAGAGGGCAUCCUGCCACCCUGAACAAAACCUGAGAUCUUCCCCCAUUGCCCCCCCCCCCCAUCAGCAUAUUCAGAAAGUGUUUCCAAAGUGUCUUCAAAACAAAUCCAGGCCCGGCUAAAUAUGAAGCGCUGUUUUACAAAAGCAGAGGAGUUAAUCCUCCCCCACCUUUUUUUUUUUUUUUUUUUUUUUUUGUUGCUUUAAGAGUAACUUCAAAAUUUAUUAUGACCACAGUAAUUACUUCUGGGGGUUUGGUGAGUUAUUCGUUCUGGAGCAUGCAGGAACUGGCAUUGUUCUCACAAAAAAAGGCAUCUUACAGAAAUAUGAUUGUCCCAUAGAUUUAAAAAAAAAAAAAAGGAUAGAAAAAUAGAUAAAAUUAGUCCUUCAACUGUGACCCAAACAAGUGUUUGCUUAAAGAAAAGACAAAAAGAAAAGAGAAGCUCUUUCAGUGUGAUGUCGUACUUAAAAUCACACUCCAUUUGAUGCACUUGAGUCUUAAAACUUUCGCUGUGAUAUUUUGGUUUUCCAUCGCUGAGCGUCGCCUUCAGAUAUACUUUAGAAAAAAAAGAUGUGGCCAUUUCUCUGGCUGUUGGCUGUGCAGCGAUUUUUAAACUUGUCCAUGACUGUCUUACGGUACAAAUGUUUCCAGUGAUUGGGCAAAGUAGCCAAGGGAAGGGGUAUUUAUUAGCGGGUGAUGUGUCUUCAUGGAUAUGUUUUUGUCCAGUAUAAGAAUAUCUUUUGUAAAAAGACAAAAAAACUGAGAUUGUUCCUUAAGUUUGACUUGUUUAUCAAUGUAUUAGCAUUGCCAUGUGUUACUAUACAAGGAGAUCUUAACUCUUACUUGACUGGUGCUACACACAGUGGGAAAAUAUGCAGUGUUAUGCGGUGUGCUGUACAGUAUUCACAACACCCUACAUCCAUAGCAGUGUUGAGUUCCACGUGUUUCACGCGUAAGCCAUUUUUGCAAUACAGACAUGACCUAUCUGUCCUAUUGAAAUAUUUCAUGUUCUUUUUUAAGACCCCACCUAUAUGACACAUGCAGUUUUUAGUCCUCUCUUCUCAGAGAUAAAGAGGCCGAGACAGAGAGCUGAGGCUGAUGGAAAGGUUGCGGAGGUGGAGGGCUGACUAGGGAGGAAAGGAUGACAGCAGCGAUCAUUAAAAAUGUGCUGCUUCUCUGUUACCUGGAGGCGUCCCGCCAUUCCAGCUCCUUCUGUCUAAUAACUCACUUGUCACUUCGUUACACUGCCAGAUGCCAAGGUUGCUGACAGGACUGUGACACUGACAGAAGGAGAAAAAGAAAAGAAAGAGAGAGAGCGAGCGAGCGUGCCUUCGUGCGCGCCGAACAAUUUAAUUUGACUCCCCCGAUUUAGCUGAAUUCAAUUCAUCCGAACAUUCUCCGCGCGCGCUUAUUCUUAUUCAGUGUCAUCUGUAAUUCAGUUCAAUUCAGUCCCUUUCUCUCGCCGUGCUUUCCUCUUUGUCUGCCAGCGCGCAGUCAUUUAGCAGCCGCCUUACCCAUUUCUUCAACCCGCCACUCACUCACCACCUCCACACGCCACAGCGCAGAUCCUACAGGGACACACACUAAUAGUGUAUGCUUAAGUUCACCGGACGGCCAUGGCAUAGGAAAAAGGGAUGGGUAAUUGCCUGUUUAUCCCAAGUGAAGGGAAAAUUGAGUACAGGAACCCCUGACUUCUCCCAGGAGUGGGUUUCACUGAGGCGCUCGCUGCCUCAUUCGCUCAUUCAAUCCCCCCGGCACUCGCUCUGGCAGAAAUAUAUAUAUUUAAAAAAAAAAGUGCUACUCCAGGAACCCUGCUGACAGCUGUCUCUCUAACAGACAACCAUACGAGCGUACACAAGAGGAGAGAGCGGCACACACUCGGAAGGAUGACAAGACCUAGAUGACUUGUUAACCUCUAGUGACGGAGGAGACAGGGGCAGAGAAAAAUAUUCCCACCGCAGGAAAUGAAACUCUCCUAUUUAAACAUUAUAGCAAGCGGCCACCACGCAGAAAGACGACCAAGGCAGAACGGAUACGGAGCCAGAGGAGGGUCACACACAAAUCUCUUCACGCGUCAUCCUAAAUAUUCCGACGUGUUUUGAGUCAUUUUAUUGAGAAAAAAAAAAAAGCUAUAAAAUGAAGAGAAUUAAAAAGAGAGUCACAGACUGUGUUUACCUCCCUAGAAUUAACAGAGCCGUAUAAACCUAAAACAUCAUCUUAAUGUAACUGUCCUUUGGCCGAUAACCUCAGUUUCACCGAGUAGCUUAAAGGCUUAUUUUUUUUUUCCUUUUCUUUUCAAAGUAACACAUUCCUUAUGUUCUCUACUUAGCUGUCCAGGUCUCAAGUAGCAGCUGCGGAGUGUGACCCGUGUCACGCUCGAACAAUUGUGUGUUCCUGACGUCAAACACCGAACGCGUUCCUUUGAAACUCCCUCUGCCUCUGCUCCCGCCCCCCUCACCGUCCUGGAUGGCGCUGGUCAUGCCAGCAGAGCGCAGAGCUGCAAAAACACACAAAGUGUUUGGAAAGUGUUCUCGCAGCAGUCGCUUAACAAAGCGGAGAGGGGGUUGACGACAAAUAGGAAGAAAGCGGCAGGGCCAGGACUCAUCACCAGCUCCUUCCUGAUUGCCUCUUGGAGAGCGAUCGAGCCACCUCUCACACGUCCACCCCACUCCCCCUCACUCACUCGGCUCUCCUCUGAGAAAUGACCACCGAUUUCCCGCUGUUCUGAGAAAGCUCCCAGUCCGACCUUUGCGUUUCUUUAAUUCUGCAGCGGCGCGGGUCCAGCCGCACUCUUGCUACCUAGUGACCGGGCUUCAGGACGGCAGGAACACGUCUCCCAGGGCGCCUCAUUGGUCCAGGCCACUGGAGUGAAUCUUAAAUAUUUGAUUAGAGCAGCGUCAGGCAUCAAUUAUUCUGCAGUUCCACACAGCCCACUAAGGGGUGGGGGUGGGGGUGGGGUCGGUUGGGAGGGGGCGUUGAACGGGUGAAACGCCUGACCUGUUAAUCGCUGUCCAUUUCCUUCACGGCAGAGAGUGAGCGAGCAGGUGAAAUAUGUGUAAGCAGAGAGAAUGAGCUGAGAGGUGACCCCGCAUGCAAACCGCCCAGUUAAUGUAGCUCAUGAAACAAAGUGAGGUUGAAAUGUUCGAUGGGACGUCAUUAGUAUUAUGCAGAUAGGAGGAAAUACACACACGUGGGUUUGUAUAGAUGCUUCAGUCUCGCGUCUUAUGUUCGCAAAAGAAUGCCCUCAUUAAUUUGAACUGGAACCUGUGAAAUGUCAAUGAUCCUGAAAAAAAAGAAGAAUGCUGUAAAUUCAUAAAAUGUUUUUUUUUUUUUUUUUUACUUCAUUGUAUUUCCAAAUAUAUUUUACAGUCUUAAAGUAUGAAUAGCUUGAAGAGCUGGUGAAUUUCGCUUUUUUUUUUCCACUUUUUUUUUUUUGUUCAUUGUUGUUGUUUUUUUUUUUUGUGUGUAUGCAAUGCAUUUUGUGUCCGUGUCUUAAAAAGCCUGUGUUACAGCACCGGCUCUCGACAGCGUUGCAUGGCUACAUAGUCGCACUGCAAAGAACAAACAGCGCAAAAAGGAGCUUGCGUCACUCUGGUGUCAAAAUGGUGAUUCGGAAGCCUCGUGAAUACUGUAUGUUACCUAAAGAGGUGUUCCCCAUUUGCAAACAGAAGGAAAAGAAAAUAUCCUUUUUAAGAGACUCUUUUUUUUUUCCUUUCUUUUUAGCCUUUUCUUGUAUUUGUUUCUGUAUCAUAACUGUCUAUGGUUUUUGCAUAAAAUGCAUAAGGGUUUUGGGAUGUAAAUGGAAUUUUAUUCAUAUUUUGUCCAAAUACCUCUUGUAAUUUGUAUCAGAAUUCUUGUACAAUUUUUAUAUUAAAGAUUUAUCAGUCA